GCCGGCUCGCCCGCGCGCCGCGCGCCGCCCGCCCCCGCCGCGGGCGCGGAGGAGCGCGACGUGGACGCCGUGCUGGACCGCACCGUCAUGAGGAUCGCCACGGAGAUGCUCGACGACAUACCCGCAGGGGAUCCCAGAUGGAAGCCGAGGGUGGGCGGUCUGCAGACCAACAUCGCUCUCGGCAGUUCGGCCGCGCUACAAAUAUCAGCACAAUUGAGAGACAAGCAGCGUGCUUUCUCACUGUUUAUUGAUUUUCUGCGAGCUACCGGACUGUGGCAACGACUGGGACUUGUAUCUAGAGAAUCUGGUGGAGAAGUGAUCAGCACGGAGUGUGCGUUGGGAGAGCUCGCUGAACAACUCACCAUCGCGCUGACGCUGAGGAGGCUGCAGCAAGGAACUGAUGCGCAGCUCAUCGAUACCGCCAUAUACCAGGUGGUGUGCGGCGAGCGGCAGGGAGGUGGCGGAGGACCCAGAGGUGGAGGCGGCGCUGUCGUCGGGCGCGCUGUCGCCGGCGGACGCGUGCUACCGGCGCGUGACGCGCGCGGGCGCCGUGCUGCGCGCGCUCUGUAA